AUGGAGCUGGUGGGGAUCUUCACAGUCUUUCAGACCCUCUGCUUGUCUGGCCUGCUUGUCCUCAUUGCCUUCACAUGGAACAAAAAGAGGGGUCAGCUGCCCCCAGGACCCACCCCACUGCCCUUCCUGGGAAACUUGCUGCAAGUCAGCAUCACUGAGACCUAUCAGUCUUUCAAGAAGCUCAAGGAGAAAUAUGGACCGGUGUUCACCGUGUACAUGGGGCUCAGGCCAGUGGUUGUUUUAUGUGACGCUGACGCAGUGAAGGAGGCCUUUGUAGGCCAAGCAGAUAAUUUCAGUGGCCGUGAAGAAAUGCCUUCCUUUAAAAAGAGCAUCAAAGGUCAUGGUGUCUCGAUGGCCAAUGGUGAGCGAUGGAGGAUUCUGCGCCGCUUCUCCCUGGCUGUCCUGCAGGACUUUGGGAUGGGAAAGCGAAGCAUUGAGGAGCGGAUCCAGGAAGAGGCUGGAUACCUAAUGGAGACAUUACGGAAGACCAAUGGUGCACCCACCAACAUCACCUUCUUCAUUAGAGGCACGGUCUCCAACGUCAUCUGCUCGAUCCUUUUCGGAAGCCGCUUCGACUACAAGGACAAGCAGUUCCUGAGACUCCUGGAGCUGACAAGAGAGAUUUUCAUUGAGAUCAGCACACCCUGGACACAGCUAUUUGAUAUGUAUUAUGAUAUCAUGCAAUAUUUUCCUGGAAGACAUAAUAGAAACUACUAUAUGAUAGAGGAGAUCAAGGACUUCAUGGCCUCUAGGGUGAAACUCAAGGAAUCAUGCCUGGACCCCUCACAUCCUCAGGAUUUCAUCGACUGUUUCCUCAUCAAGAAGCAACAGGAUGAAAAUAACCCCAACACCGAAUUCAACCACAAGAAUUUGAUUGCCAUCAUUUUCGACCUCUUCUUUGCUGGCACGGAAACAGUAAGCUUCACUCUCCUGUAUGGAAUCCUGCUGCUCCUGAAGUAUCCAGAAGUAGAAGCCAGGGUCCAUGAAGAGAUUAACCAGGUGAUUGGGACUCACCGGACACCCAGUGUUAAAGACAGGGUCAAGAUGCCCUACACAAAUGCCGUGAUCCACGAGAUACAGAGAAUAAUCAUUUUUUCAUCGUUGGGUGUCCCCCACAAAGUCAUCCGGGAAACUCAUUUCAGAGGCUUCCUUCUGCCCAAGGGCACCAAAGUGCUUCCUUUAUAUUCUAUGGCACACCGAGACCCCAAGAACUUUCGCUUCCCAGAUACCUUCUACCCACAACACUUCCUGGAUGAGCAGGGCGGUUUCAAGAAGAAUGAAGCCCUUGUCCCUUUUGGUGCUGGAAAGAGAGCCUGUCUGGGCGAGGCCUUGGCCCAAAUGGAACUCUUUCUGUACUUCACCUCCAUCCUUCAGAGCUUCUCCCUGCGUGCUCUAGUGCCACCAGCCGACAUCGACAUCACCCCGGAAGUCUUCAGACAUGACAAAAAUCCCACUACCUAUGAGGUCUGCCUUGUGGCCCGCUGAGGGCUCCCUGUUGGGCACAGUGAACAGAGGUGGAAAGCAAUGUCUGCCUGAUGGUACCUGUUUCAAUAAAGUUCCAGCAUGUCCAUCAAA